AGUCGUGCAACGUCUCGCGUAUGCGAGUUUUCAUGUUUACAGUGGCGUGACGUAAAAAUUAUGUAAACUUCUUCCUUUUUCAUCACUUAUAGCCGUGCAAUGCAAAUUUGGUAUUUGUCAAAUCCCUCGCCAGUACUGGUAGCUCUUUGCAAUAGUUUUUCGUUUUUUCUAUGAGAAUUUCAAAAUAGUAGGAUGGCUUGCUUUGGAAGAUUUUCUUCGACGACUUCCCAACCAAUGGAAUGUUGAGUGAAGGACAUCUUUUGCCUUUUCGUUGCAAAACCUUUGUGGAAUGAAACAGAGUGCGAAUGACCUCUAUCUCGUAUAAGCCAUGAAAUACUUAAUACUUGGUUUGAUUUUGACUACGAACAUUGUGAGUGUAAAGACUUCAAUCGUUGCUGAACCGGAAGACGAAGACACUUGUAGUUCCGAAUUGCCUUGUACUUCCACCAGAACGCUGUUUUAUUACAAUAAUAACAGCCCUAUACCAGUUGUGAAGCUUGCAAAGCUGGAUGGAGUCCGGGCUGGUCACAAGCAGCUUCUGGAUCUUGAAAAGGGCCAAACCCAUCACAUGAUUACAAGAAGUAUGAGACCUUUAGUGUUUGAAGUUCCACACUUUUUGUCUGAUGAUGAAUGUGAUCACAUUAUCAAAAUGGCCAGUGAACGAGAGCUUUAUGAAAGCUCAGCAGGAAGUUAUACAGAACCAAAAAAUUCAGAUGAUGAUGAAGACAAAAUGCUUGAGAACUAUGAAGAUUGCAAACGUAUCAUCAGUGAAUUCGAUACCGAUUCUGAUGGACAGCUAUCUAUCUCAGAGUUCCAAGCAUUCAUUGUGAACACUUCAUCAAUGCCUCACAUACAUCUGAAGGAAAUCAAAAACAUGUUGAAAGCUGGGAAUGCAGACCCUAAUGGUGAUGGAUUCGUGAAUUUUACGGAGUGUGUCAAUGCCAACUAUUCAGCAAUUGAAAAGUUCAUAACAGACCUUGAAGACGAGCAUCCCCUGUAUCGAGCUCGAUACAGCAAUCAGACAUGGCUGCCUGUCGAUAACAUUAAAGACCCUAUUCACAAGAAAAUACAGCAAAGACUUUCAAAGCUGGUCCAGAUGCCAAUUGAAUUGCUAGAGAAAUGCGAGGAACUUCAGGUUGUCCGGUAUCCAGUAUCUGGUCAUUUCCAUGCUCAUUAUGACUCCAGUCAUUAUUUAACAUUGAAGGAGACAUUGCCUUGCUGUGCACUAAGUGUGUUACUGAGUAAUGACUCAGAACUGUUGCAUCCAGAAGGCAAAUGUCAUCUCUGCAGGUUUAUGACAGUGCUGUAUUACCUAAAUGACGUCACUGCAGGUGGCGAGACUGCGUUUCCUGUAGCUGAUAAUGAGACUUUUGAUGACGAGGUGGUUGAUCGCAAAGGCUUACAUAACCUAAGCGCACGUUGUAACAUGUCCAACCUUGUUUUGAAGCCAGCCAAAGGCACAGCUAUUGUCUUUUACAAUCACCAUAUUGACCAGGAAACUGGCCAGAUUGGGCCAGUAGACGAGUACUCCCUGCAUGGUGGUUGUGAUGUAAAGGAAGGAGUCAAAUGGAUUGCAACAAACUGGAUCAACAAUUUGCCCCAUGUUAUGAAGAGAACCAAGAAAGGGCAGUAAAAUAGUUUCAAUAUCUUAGCCUAGAUUAAUUUUGAGCAAAUCUGUUUUUUACAUAGCUGUAUUAUAGACUGCAUAGCAGGAAAAAAGGUAUGUGGUUCUUGGAAUAGUUUAGGAGCAAAAUCAUUAGUCUUUAUCUCCAGGAUUGUCUCCCCUUCUACUCAAGACUCUUGUUCUUGCUACACAGGUUAUCUUUGA